AUGUCACAGAACGACUGGAGGCGGCAAAAGGUCCAGGACCACAAGUUCGACUUUAUCGAUGUCGAGGACUACGUCGACAACUCGCCCUGGCGAAAGUUCAAGUACUCCCUCGUCUUCGCUAUUGUCAUCAAGGGUAUCCUCAUUUACUGUGCCGAUUUGUGGACGGCUGUCAACUUGUUAGUAUCGGGAACAUGGACAUCAAACCUGGGUGUCCAAGGCGGUCAGAUUUCUUUUCAGAGCAUCAAGAUCUCAUUCGAGAUUUACAAGUGGGUGUUCGCCGCCUGUAUCGUACUCUCGUUCAUUCUACUCGCAUGGGAUAUGAAGAAGGCCACGGCCAUCAUCCAGAGUCGCGACAUCAGUUAUGCCUUUACCAGCAUGAUCGCCUAUCGAUAUUACGCCAUCAAGAGUUACGCUCAUUUCUGCCUCUUCUCAAAGAUCCACAACUCCAAGAAGCAGAUUGACGAGAUCGCUUUCUUCUGCUUCUUCACUUUCAGAGGCUGGAAGCGACUCAUGUUUGCCGAUGGACCGAGACAGGUCAUUAACGGGAUCGUUCUGAUAACACUUGUCCAAGGGCACUGGAGCACGCACGGACUCGCAGUCUGGGACUACCAGUUGCCAACAAUGCAGAUGAUUACUAUUUGUCUUAUGAUGUUCACACUCACGCUAUGGGUGAUCUCGGUCCUGUUGAUGUUUGUCGCCGUUAUCCUUUAUAUCCCUCUGGUCAUCCACAUUCAAGGAAACCUCAAGGAGUACUGCUGUCACAAGAUCGAUAAGCGCAUUGACGAAAUCGUGAAGUUAAAGGUCAAGGAGCGUGCUCAAGAGGCAGCCAAAAACCAAAAGAAUGGAAAGGGAGGCGACACCCCUCUUCAGAAACCAACGUUGCCCAACAUCAACCUCUUUGACGAAGGAGCACGUACCCCAGGAACGCCACGCAUGCAACCCCAGUCACCUUACAUGGGCGGAUCUCCAGGACUUCGCAAAGGCCAGCUCCCUCCACCCAACGAUCCUUACCGUCGCCAACAAAUGCCUCAGCACCCUCCACGACCUUACUCCCCUGCGCCCCGGCCCUAUACCCCCUCUGUCGACGACGACGGCGAUACCAAGCCGUUGCGUCAGGACAAUCACGCCCAGCAUUACCAUAACCGCAACCUCCGUCGACAGGAUCAGCUAUACGACUUUGCGGACGAUCAAAGCGAGGUCAGCGAUGCCUACAGCGCCGGAGGUGGUGGAGGAUACAACAUAGGCGGUGGAGGACACAACAUGGGCGGUGGAGGACAGUACGCGCCAAAACCUCAACCCCACGGCCACAGGCGCCAGCCAUCCGAUACCAGUACAGUUCUGAGCGGAUCGAAUCAAGGAAGUGUUGUGGGCGGAUAUGGAUCCCGGACAGGAAAGCCGCACCCACUCCAUCAUGGACAGGUAUUGUCGCGCGAGGCAGGCCUCGGAAACGGCAACAACUAUGCCGAUACGGUGAUGAUGACGGACAUGAGUGGAGCCCAGCAUCAUCGUGGCGGCGGCGGCGGCGGCGGACACCCAUACGGAGGAGGAUACCCUGGCGGGCCACCUACUGGUUUGGGUGGUGGAUUGAGCCCCGGAGGAAGUGUAGUAGGCGGUGGCAGUGUCGUCGGUGGUCCUAGCUAUGUUGAUCAGCAGCGUGGGCGCUACCAGCAGCAGAAUCCUUCACACAUGAAUCGCCCAUACAACUAA